AUGGGCGACGCAGACGAUAUCCCCCAGCUCGUCGAGCACCUCCCCCAGGACUUCACCGUCCAGCAGCUGCACUUGGCCACGGUCCUCGACACCACGGCCUACGAGCCCACAAACAGCGAGCCCCGCCGCAUCCCCGUCACCAUCGUCACCGGCUACCUCGGCUCAGGCAAGCUGACGCUCUUGGACAUGGUGGCGCGCACCAGCAACAAGCGGCUCGCGGUGAUCCUCAACGAGUUUGGCGACACCGCGGCCAUCGAGAAGCUGGUCACCAUCACCGGCGCGGACCGCGGCGCCGUGCAAGAGUGGCUCGAUUUGGGCAACGGCUGCCUCUGCUGCACGGUCAAGGACAACGGCGUGGCGGCCAUCGAGAACCUCGUGCAGAGCUCCAAGGACCGCAUCGACCACAUUCUCCUCGAGACCACGGGCGUGGCGGACCCGGCGCCCAUUGCCAAGAUGUUCUGGCUCGACGACGCGUUGGCCGCCAGCGUGUACAUCGACGGCGUGGUCACCGUGGUGGACCUGGCCAACAUCGCCACGUGCCUCGCCGACGUGGGCGGCCACUGGCACCGUGCCAACAGGCACCUCGCCGAGCGCUUGCGCGAGGGGCUCACCACGGCGCACCUCCAGAUCGCCAUGGCCGACUGCGUGCUCUUGAACAAGGCCGACUUGGUGGCGCUGCGCCCGGGCGCCAUGGCCGAGCUCACGCGCCGGCUCCGCGCCAUCAACGCGCUGUCGCCCAUGUACCCCACCAGUUUCGGCGACGUGUCCUUGGACAAGAUCUUGGGGCUCCACGCGUUCGAGGCCUCGGCCGCGCCGCCGCGCCGCAUGGCGGCCGCCUCGGACUUGGUGUUCCACGACGACCGCAUCCGCACGGUGGCGCUCGACUUCCCCUUCUUCACCUGCCCGGCGGGCUUUGCGCGGGCCGAGCUGUUUCUCCAGAAGGUGCUCUGGGACAGCUCGGUGUGCGGGCGUGCGGUCGAGGUCCACCGCCUCAAGGGCAUCCUCGUGCACGGGGCCGACGUGCGCGUCGUGCAGGGCGUGAGGGACACCUACGACAUCAUCGAGAACGGCGUGUUGCACCCGGACAUCACGCUGAACAAGCUCGUGUUCAUUGGCAAGGACUUGGACAAGACGGACUUGCAGACCGAGCUCGAGGCGUUUUUGCGCGCGUGA